GUUGACAAACAGGCAAAUUAACAUGAAAAUCCCUAGCAUGCAUAAACAUGGCCUCCCGAGGCAGUCUCGGUGUUCUAAGAGUUUUGGCGAAAUUAGAAGCGUCUAUCGACGCAGGAAAUUAUUAUGAGGCACAUCAAAUAUACAGAACUUUACAUUUCAGAUACCUCGGACAAAGAAAAUUCUCUGAAUUACUGGAGUUGCUUUACAAUGGAUCGACGCUGCUUCUUCAACACGACCAGCAAGCCAGCGGAGCAGACCUGGGUAUAUUGCUGGUCGACGCACUCGUCAAAUCAGAAUCACAGCCUUCGCAACUAUAUUUUGAAAAGCUGACCAAUUUAUUCAGCUGGAUGAGCAAAACAGCUCCUGAAAGAGAAACAUUUCUAAUAGAAGCACUGAGGUGGAGUGUGAAAGGAACGGAUUAUAAAACUGGACACCCAGAUUUUCAUCAGAGAAUAGCUCAGAUUUUCUGGAAAGAGAAAAACUACGUAAUGGCAAGACAACACUUCCUGUACAGUACCGAUGGAUCUGGCUGUGCUGCAAUGCUGGUAGAGCUUCACGAAGAGCGUGGAUAUUCUAGUGAAGUAGACCUUUUCAUCGUCCAAGCUGUUUUGCAGUACUUGUGCUUACGGAAUAAAACUACGGCAGAGGAAGCAUUCAACACUUAUACACUGAAACAUCCAAAAAUCAACAGUGGUCCUCCAUAUUUCCUGCCCUUGUUGAACUUCCUCUUCUUCUUAUUGAAAGCUAUUGAAACUGGGAAGCUGACCGCUUUCACAAUCCUUUGCGAACAGUAUCAGAUGAGCCUGAAUAGAGAUCCGCUGUAUAGACAAUACUUGGAGAAAAUAGGUCAAGUGUUUUUCAAUGUAUCACCGCCACGGCCACGCAGUCAAGGAUUUGUUGGCACGCUGUUACAAUCACUUUUCAAUGGUGUGGAAGAAGAGGAUUCAGAUGAAGAGCAGAGAAAUGCACCAACAUCGUCCCACAUGUCACAAGAAUUGGACUAAUCAACGGAAAAUAUUUUUAAACUUUGUAUAAGAUAUGUCGCAAGUGCUUACAGAGACUUGGGAUGGCAUAUCAGGAGACUUCUGACAUGGGUAAAUAAAUACAAAUGUAUGUGUGUGUAAAUAGGUAUAUGUAUGUAUACAUAAUACCAUUCUAUGCAUAACAUUAAAUCUAGUAUAAUUCAG